UUGGAUUGAUAUAAACCUGUGGAAAAUAGUCAUGCUGGUCCAUGGAAAAGUGACCAAUUCAACUUUGUGUCAGUCCAGGACGUUUGUGUUGUUCUUAAUAGGUUUUAUUUUCGUAAACUCUUCCAAGGGAUUUUCUCAAAUCAAUGUAUUGAAAGAAGCUGAUAAUGACAAAAUCAAUUCAAUGUCUGGUAACACUACAAAAGUUGGUGGACAAAAAGGCUUCAUACCAGUGCAGUGUAAAGCUGGAACUGCCGAUGGCAUGUGCCUCACUGGUGAGCAAUGCUUUAGUAGAGGAGGUCAACUGGGCAAGGCUUGCCGUACUAUGGACUACUAUUGCUGCUCUUUUAUGCAAACGUGUGGUGACACCACGAGAGAGCUCGUGUCUUAUUUUCGGUCCCCUGACUAUCCAGCCAGGUCUUCAGGAACUCUUGCCUGUGACUUCGACUUGAUUAUUCAAGAUAACAUCUGUGCUGUCAGAAUCGAUUUCGAGAAGGUGAAUCUAGCUAGAAAGUCUGGUGGCUACUGUGACAUCGAUCAGAUUUUCAUAAUGAACUCGGUGGAUGGGCCGACUACUGGCCAGUGUGGACCCCUCUCUGGAUACACAACGAUUGUAGCAGUUGAUCCCGGGCAAUCGAAACCAUUGAAAUUGGCAGUUGUCAUACAGAACGAGAAUCAUUACAGAUGGCUUAUUAAGUUAAUGCAGAUUCCUUGUCAUCAAAUUCAACGAUUCAACAUUACAGAAAGCUGCGGAAGGCGUAACCGAGACCAGAACGCAACAGUUGAUCUCAUAAAGCAGGCCUCUCAUCCUCUGUCUUCCAUUCUGCUCUGGUGGAACGCUGUCAAUAGACAGAGCAUGACGUCACAGUGGUGGGAUUACCCAGAACCCGUCUACAACUCAUUUUAUUACAAAAGCACAAAACUACGGAUGAGAGAUAAUGAAAUAAGUGUGGAUCGAACGCAAGCUGAGAGGAGAAUAGUGUCGGGAACCGACGCCAAUGUUCACGAAUUUCCGUGGACGGCGGCGAUUGGAGUCAACCACAAGUUCUUCUGCGGCGGUGCACUCAUCAGUGACCUGUUUGUACUCACUGCCGCUCACUGCUUUCUCACGCGGAACACGCACAUAGAGACAAUAGUGGUGCAUUUGGGAGAUCACGAUCUGACUACUGAGAACGAGACACAUCAUACGCUGAGAGGGGUUUCUAGAAUUUUCUUCCAUUCCCACUUCCAUGCAUUUCUGCUUGCCAAUGACAUAGCUUUGCUUCAACUUGAUGAACCAGUGACAUUUUCGGUUGCCGUACAACCAGUGUGUCUUCCACGAUUCGGAGAUUCGUUCACAGAUGAAAAGGCUACUGUUGUUGGUUGGGGUGUGGCGUCUGUUUCUCUUGGAAUUCCCAGCCCAACACUGCAAAAGCUUCAAGUUGAAAUAAUUGAUAACAAAGAGUGCACAGAGCAGAUAAAAGAGAAGAUAGGAAAUGGAAUUGUUUGUGCCAGACCACCAGCUCUGGAGGGGACAUGCUUCGGAGACAGUGGAGGGCCAUUAACAGUGGAGGAUGUGGAGAAUGUGAGCACUCUGGUGGGAAUCGUGAGCUUCGGGGUGACGGGCUGUGCGGUCAUCCCUGCCUUUCCCGACCUCUACACUCGCAUCUCUGAAUACGUCAACUGGAUCGAUGUCAACACUAUGUAGACAACAGUAGAGCUCAUGUUUGCUCCACCAUUUCCUAUACAUUUGUGAUAAUUAUAUAAACGCAAGUAUUUCAUAGAUUUUUCAACGCUAAUAUAGAACCCGAUUGCGAUUAAUUAGUAAGACGUCUUUAAUUAUAUGUUUCGUGAGGUUGUGAUUUAUUCAUAUUCAUUUUUAAAUUGUAAAAAUUACUUAUUCAUUAUUUGUUGUAUUUUUAAAUAUUCGCAUUAUAUUAUGUUAUUCCUAAAACAAUAAAAAAGUUAAUAAACCA